GAAGGGUUUUGCUUUUUUAUGCUCUGUAUUGGGAAGGCAGAUAAAAUGCCAGGGCUGGACUGCCUCUGGGGAUAACCUCAGCCUGUGUGAUGUGAAUGAAUAGCCUCUUGCCUAGUAAAUCCCCAGGAAUUGAUAAGGCAAGCGCGGUUCUUCCAACAGGCCUUUUCUAUCUUUUAGCUGUAGCUGUGGCUUCUGUAGCAAUUUUAUUUUUGCCUUGAAAGAGGUGCUCUGGAUUAUCAGACCUCCAUGUAUGACAAUUUGUACCUGCAUGGAAUUGAAGACUCGGAGGCUGAAGAAUAAUGUGAUGUGUUACCCACGAUGGUGUGACCAAAGCUUCAAGCCAGUGGAGAAGACUAGGCCUAAGUAGCUGACCUGGUGCAGUGACAGAUAAAGCCACACCUGGAGUACCACAUCCUCAGCAGUCUUUCUCAGUGCUAAGGCAUUUAUGGCUGGUUCCGCGGAUUCCUACACGAGCAGGCCGUCUGACUCCGAUGUCUCUUUGGAAGAGGAUCGGGAAGCGAUUCGGCAGGAGAGAGAACAACAAGCCGCGAUCCAGCUGGAGAGAGCAAAGUCCAAGCCUGUAGCGUUUGCCGUGAAGACGAACGUGAGCUACUGUGGCGCCUUGGACGAGGAUGUGCCCGUUCCGAGCACGGCCAUCUCCUUCGACGCCAAGGACUUCCUCCACAUUAAAGAGAAAUAUAACAAUGAUUGGUGGAUAGGAAGGCUGGUGAAAGAGGGCUGUGAGAUUGGCUUCAUCCCUAGUCCUCUUAGACUGGAGAACAUACGGAUUCAGCAAGAACAAAAAAGGGGACGUUUUCACGGAGGGAAAUCCAGUGGAAACUCUUCUUCAAGUCUAGGAGAAAUGGUAUCAGGGACAUUUCGAGCAACACCCACAUCAACAGCAAAACAGAAGCAAAAAGUGACGGAGCACAUUCCUCCUUACGAUGUUGUGCCAUCCAUGCGUCCAGUGGUGUUGGUGGGGCCGUCACUGAAGGGUUAUGAGGUAACAGACAUGAUGCAGAAAGCCCUCUUUGAUUUCCUGAAGCACAGGUUUGAUGGGAGGAUAUCAAUAACAAGAGUGACAGCUGACAUUUCUCUUGCUAAGAGGUCUGUCCUAAAUAAUCCCAGCAAGAGAGCAAUAAUUGAACGUUCGAACACUCGGUCCAGCUUAGCGGAAGUACAAAGUGAAAUUGAAAGAAUCUUUGAGUUGGCGAGAUCUUUGCAACUGGUUGUUCUUGACGCAGACACCAUCAAUCACCCAGCGCAACUUAUAAAGACUUCUUUAGCACCAAUUAUUGUUCAUGUAAAAGUCUCAUCUCCAAAGGUUUUACAGCGGUUGAUUAAGUCUAGAGGAAAGUCCCAAAGCAAACACUUAAAUGUUCAACUGGUGGCAGCUGAUAAACUUGCACAAUGUCCCCCAGAGAUGUUUGAUGUUAUACUGGAUGAAAAUCAGUUGGAGGACGCGUGUGAACAUCUGGGAGAGUACCUUGAAGCUUAUUGGCGUGCUACCCACACUACCAGUAGCACCCCCAUGACCCCUCUGCUUGGAAGGAAUUUGGGCUCAACUGCGCUCUCACCAUAUCCCACAGCAAUUUCCGGGUUACAGAGUCAGCGUAUGAGGCACAGCAACCACUCCACGGAGAACUCUCCAAUUGAAAGACGAAGUCUAAUGACUGCUGAUGAAAAUUAUCACAAUGAAAGGGCUCGGAAGAGUAGGAACCGCUUGUCUUCCAGUUCCCAGCAUAGCCGAGAUCAUUACCCUCUUGUGGAAGAAGAUUAUCCUGACUCAUACCAGGACACUUACAAACCCCAUAGGAACCGAGGAUCUCCUGGGGGAUAUAGCCAUGACUCCCGACAUAGGCUUUGAGUCUGCAGAAGCAAACAAAAAAUUCAUCUGUUGACAAUUUGCCAUAGCACUGCUAGGAUAAACCAAUCAUCUUAACUUGGCAAGUACAGCACAGUAUUUACUGUGCUUAUGGGCUGUUGUCAUUUGAUGCUAAGUAAGGGGCAAAAAAAAAAAAGUACAUGAUGCCCUUAAGUCUAGAUGGUUAUUAGAUGCCCAAUCAUAUAGAUAUUUUUAAGCUCAGCAUUUACAUAACAGUACCUUUUGUUUUCUUCAUUAGAUUUAGACACAUCAAUUUGUAAUUUUAGGGUACUUACCAAGGCACAUAUAAAAUAAUUUCCCAUGCUGGAAAUUCCAAAUGACCAGUUCCAGUUGGAACCAAUUUAUAAACCAAUUCCUGUUGGAAUUUGGGCAAAUCGACUAGAAAGUCUACUUGAGCAUGUUGCAGUCAAUUUAAAAAUUUGAAAAAAAAAAAGCCACAAAAAACCCAAAAACCUAAUUAAUAAGAAAAUCAAAAUACCAAAAGAAGCCAACACCAAGUAUGGUAUUUAUUUGCUGGAAGCUAAAUUUACACGUAAAGUUGGAAUGUAUAAACAUUUUAACAUAUGUUAAUGUUGACAGAAUGGCUUUUCAAACUUACCAGAAGUAUUGAUAGUGCCAAAAAAAAAAAGCCCACCUCAAAUUAAUGCAGAAAUUUUACACUCUCCUCAGAUUUUAAUAUUUUUGUUUCUUUCCUGGCACAGCUAUUGUAUUCAAAGUGUUUUGCCUUUUGUUUAGUCACCACUGUUAGCUUGUUUGAAGUUGGCAGAAAAAAAACUCAAAAUUUCUUUAGCAGUGAGAGAGAAUAAUAUAGAGAAACCCAAUCAUAGCUGGUAAUGGGAAACGGAAAACCGGGUGUUGUUUCCCCUUUCCUUGCUCUGAGCGCAACUAUAUACAUCCAGGAAUCUGGAGUCAGACAGUAAGGAUGGGCGCAGAUCCUCCCGAGUGCGAAGCUAAACAUCUCCAGAUGGGAAUUCAUCUUUCCAACUUCCCACAAACAUGGGCCAGUAUUUCCUGCCAGCACAAUUGCAUAUCUUUCCAUUGCUUCAUUCAGUCUCUGUCUUUGAAUAUGUGAAUGUUCUAGCCCUUCCCCAAAUUCUUUAUAGUCAUGCUAAGAACUUUUGUUUUACAUGGAAACACUCAAUUUUGAUAUUGAAAGCUGCUUUUAUGCAAAAUGAUGAAAUGAAAAAUGUGAAAACAAAUGAUGAAUUUAAAAGCUUGCAAUAAAAAACUCAAUAGAUUCAGAGUAUAUUUGUUCACUAAAAUUACAGCAUUUUUUAUUGUCAAGUAUUAUAAAGAAUUUGGAGAUUGAGCUGCCUUAUUUCUAAUGAACACUCCUCUUCACCUGUUGAGUCUUGACAGUUUUUCCAGUGGCUAAAAUUACAGAGUUGGUGACCUUCUAUCUUAUAUUAUCAAGGAAGCCUUAGAUUCACUAUGAUCCAAGGAAUUAUUGAAAUUGACCCUUUUAUACAAUACACAAAUAUCUUUCAGGAAAGACUCUUGUUUCUAAAAGUCCACAAUGCGUGCAUUUUUCUAAAGCCCCAGUAGGACAAGGCAUAAAAAUCCCUUUCUACCAGUACAUGUCAUGAAGCCUAUAUUUGGAAAAUAAUAAUAAUUGAUUUCUAUUACCUUAUUUUCCUACCAUGCCUUUCACUAUUUAGGCUUUCAAAACAUACACCCAUUAAAUAAUUUUCCUGACCAUGAAAAUAAAUUCCAUAUUCUUGAUCAGUUAUACAUAUUUUGAACCCCAUCAUGACCUCCCACGUUCCCUCCCCUCCUGUUCCCUGGGCAUACUCCAUUUUGAACCUGUUUAGCUAUGACGAGGAUGCCUAUAAUUAUGUAAGUUAUCUCACAUAUUUGAUACAAUUGAAUAUAGGGGCUCAGUAAAUUCUAAAAGUUAACAUGUGAUAUUGGCUUGCGAGUUUCUUUUGUCAUCUAGUGACGCUUACAGAACUUUCAGUUAAGACAUUUAAAAGAGCUGUAUCCUUUAGACACUUUACUAAGCAUUUAACCUGCCAUUACUGAAUACUUUGUUAGAGCACAGAAGAGCAUUUUUCCAGCAAACGAAAAUAUACUUAUUACAUGUACAGCACAUAUUUGCAUGAGAAAGAGAACAUUAGCCAAAACAUUUUUCUAUAUGCUUUACUGGUUUCUUGUUUGUGCGCAUUAAAGUAUUUAAUUGCAAAGAGUGCACCAAGGUGAUAAAUUUAGGCUAGACAGCUGUUCAGCUUUUUCUGUAGUAGCAUUAGCAAUCUGGUCACUUAACUACUUUAAGAUAUUUACACUUUAUGGCAGGUAGCUGCAACAGCAUUUACAUAUAUUUCCUAGUCAGCGAGAUUACCAUAUUCUUUCAAUUUUUAAAAAAAUCACUUGUUUUUAAAGUCUCUCAAAGCCUUGUUUCUAAGUCUUCCAUGUCAUGCUGAUGAAGAGAGAGGUCCAUUCAAUAUCUGUGCACAAAACCAAUUGUCAUUUACCAUCAAGGGUCUGUACCUGUUUUGCUUUGCAUUCUUAUUCAAAAGCUAACAGUCUUGGAAAGGGUAUAAUGUAUAUUUUCUUGAUGGGUAUAUUUAAAAUUUUACUUUGAUUUGGCAUAUUCUUUUCCACUCCUUUUGUAAUAAGUUUAUCUUCUCCAAGUAAAUAAGAGAUAUACAUUUUCCUUUUUUUUAAGUGUUAGAGUUUACUGUGUAAAUGAUACUAAAAAUACAGAUAUAUACUAAAUGAAAGUUUUAUUUUUGCCAAGCAUAUCAAGCAACUUUGAAAAAAUACGUAUUCCACAAAAUACUUUGUUUUUAACUGAUUUUAUUUCAAAAUAGCAAAUGAUAAGCGGGAGAAACAAAACAAUGUUUUGAGGCUGUUUUACCUUGUAUAAAUCACACAUUCUGUAACUUCAGUAUAUGUAAUAUCAGAAUAUGUAAAUUACAUAUUCUGUAAUUUCAGUCUGCGAACAUGUAACACUGUAGACUCACGUUGACAAUGUGAAAAUGUAGUUCUGAGAAAAAAGAGAAUACAAUUUGUCAGUCCUGAUGUUAAUUCUCAAGGCUAUAACGUGACUCCAGUAUUAUAAUCAACAAUGUUAUCUUGUUUACUCCAAUAUUUAAAGCAACACUUGGAAAUGUUUAUAAAUGACUGAUGAUUCUCUCUUAUAUUUAUACAGUUCUAUUGGAAAGCAAAUUGAAAUUAACAAUUUGGACUGAUAGCCUUUCCUAAUAAGAGAGUCUUAAUUAUGUGACAAUAUGUCAUUGCACUUAGUCCUUAAUGAAAUGAAUUUUUUAAACAUAAGACAAAUUAUAAGAAAAGUAUUUGUUCCCUUUGAAUAAUUUGUUAAUUACUUUAAUUAUUAUUGUUGUUGUUUGCAAAAUGUAUUUUUGGAAUGUUAACCUCUUUUCAUACCUGCAUACUUGAACUUGUCUUUUGUGUGGGGGCCUUAAAAUUCAUAAUAGGAAGCUAGGGCACUGAAAGGGAGGGAGAGAAGGAAAUUACACCAAAAGAUAGUUUGCAAAUUUAAACCCUGAAUGAACAUAUCAUAAUAUGUUGUUGAGACCCAGGAUGUCAGUCAAGAAUGUUUCUAGGUAACCUUAGUUUGCAUGCCAAUGUAUUUUUUUAGUUAUACAAUUUUAUUUUGGUAUUUGCUAAAAAAUAAAAAUGAUGUAAUGCCACUGUAGGAAUUGCCCUAUAUAUUAAUAUUUGUACUACCUCUUCUCUAGAGAAGACAAUCUGUCUUUAAAGAGAAAAACACUUUUCAAUAAGUAGUGAUCAAACUUAUUACUCUUACUGCUAACCUAGCUGCAAAACUAAAUGCAUAAAUUCUUAAAAUAUACUUUCCCUUUAAAUUUUAGACUGUUUCCAAAAUACUCUUGUCACCCUUCAUUUCUUCCAUGUUAGUGAAGUUUUCUUUGAAUUGGUUCAGAGUUUAUCAGGACACAAGGUUAAUUUAAGAAAACAGUCAUCAUAGGGAACGAAACAAAUUGCAAGGGAGUUGCCUUUGUGUGCAGUUUGUUAUAAUACCUAGCUCUAAGCCUAAAGAGUAGAUCCAGAAACUUGAUAUUUCAGUGCAGCUGGUUUGAAAAUUCAAAUUUUAUUGAUCCUUAAUGUCUCCUGUGGACAGUUAGCCAUUUCCUACAUAAGCAUAUGUAUUAUCUUGGACUCCCAUGUCACUGAAGCAAACUUCAUAUAAAUGUUCUAAAUAAAUGGGAAUGUACCCCUUAUUUCUUUUAUAUUUCUGCCUUUGUGUUUCAUGACAAUGUUGCAUGUUGUUUUCUUUUUAAUUAUAUAAAAUUCAUCUUUGAAUGACUAUAUGAAUGAAAACAUUAUAGCAAAUUAUGUAAUAAAAUUUGUUUUCUUAGUUCCUCAUAUCUUUAAAUAUUGUUAAUACUCUGUUACUAAGUGUCCAAAGGGCAGAGAACAGGCCACCUCUUUUACAUAAUUAUGAUCAAACCAGUCAAUACAAUACUUGUCCUCAGACAACAAGGAUAACUUUUUUGUUGUUAACUUAAACAGUCGAGUUAGUCAAAUAGUAGAACUGGUUUAUAUGGGCAGAGAGCUACAGCAAAAAUUACUUUUUAAAGUUUUCUUCUUUUAUUAAAAUGAACUUUCUCAAAUUAAAUACAUCCUCUUAUAGCAACUCUUUUAUCUACUUGUGGAUUUAAUCCCAAAUGCUUCCUGUAAUUGAGGGACAGUAUGAGAAGACUAGAAAAUAUAUCAUCAGAUAAGCUUGAACAAGGGCUGUAACUCCCACUUACCCUAAGAAACUUACAAAUAAGAGUGAAUAGCAAGAGUGUUGGAGAGUCAUAGAUACAUAUGAAACUUUCCUUUGUUCCUUUUGAAGUAUGUAAAAUGUUUGCAGAAAGAUGGUAGAAAAUGUUACUAAUGAAUUUAGAGUGGUCUGGGGAGUAUACUGAUGCAUCCUCUUUGAAAAUUAUAAGGAGUUAAAAGGAGAACUAUGUAAGAACCCAAAGUGGCUUGCCUCUAGCUUUUCAACACUCUGUAAGUGUUCUUGGUUGUGUUUUGAACACUCAAAUUUCUCAAUAAAUGGCUGUGUCUUUAUUUAUGUAUUGCCCUACUUGCAUGCCAUUUUCACACACUUUUACCUGAAGUCGGUGUGAAUUCUGUAUGCAUAAGGGAUGUAUCGAAGAAGCAGGAUCAUUAAUGCUAUAUUGUUGUAUACUAUUUUUCAUAUGCCUUACGAUAUUUUCUGGGACGUUAUUAAAAUGAAAGCAUUUUAUUGCCAAAAUAAAUCUAUGUUGUUACUUCUUAUCUGCAUUAGCAGUAGAAAAAUAAAUAAUGUAGCAAAACAUCUAUUGUAUAGUACAAAAUGAUAAAAGAUAUAUAUUUUGCCAAUAAUAUGAAAAUAGAUUGAGGAGAAAGAAGCACAUUUGUUAUAGCACAAACUUACAACAAAAUCCACUGUUAAAUUUGGCAGUCGUAUUUUUUAAAAGUAUAUAGAUUUAAUUCUAAGUUUUAUCAGAUUUAUUUCAUCUACCAUCUUUUUAACUUGCUGCUUGAUACUUUUCCAGCAAUUUACUUCAUAGCCUUGCAAUCUGUUGAUGUAAUUUAUUUUACUUUAUUCCCUUGCAUAAAACUUAUUAAACGUUAUUUUGUGAUAAGACUCAUACUAUAUUUACUGUUCUUAUUUCUGCUCCUUCAGUAACAACUACAAAAACUAAUGGUACAUGAGCUUAUAAGGCUCCUCUUAAUUUUGGACAUGUUUGAAAUGCUUUAUAUUUUUCACAGCCUAAAGUCAGAAUGAUAAAUAAAGAUGUCCCAACAGCAACAUAAAAGUAAAGUAUUUAGGGAUUCUUUCAUUUGUUUUGUACUGAAUACUAUUUUGAAACAUAAGUUAAAGCUAUUAGCUACUUUUUUUUUUUUUGAAGGGGUGGCGGGAGGGAAAACCGUAACUUUAUUAA